ACCUUCACUUUCAACGCGCAGUCGCUCUCUCAAAGUGAAUCAUAAAGUGUGUACUUUUAACACGAUGUCGUUCGAUCCAAACGAACAUCAACAUAAUAGAUAUAAUCCACUUAAAGACGAAUGGGUAUUAGUUUCACCCCAUCGAAUGUUACGACCAUGGAGUGGACAAGUUGAAAAUGCACCAACCGAUAAAACACCAUCAUUUGACCCUAAUAAUCCUUUAUGCCCAGGUGUAGAAAGACCGUGUGGGAUAAAAACUCCUGAAUACGACUCAGUGUACGUCUUUAAAAAUGAUUACCCCGCAUUAUUAGAAGAUAGCCCAUCUCCUAACGAUAACAAUGAUGAUUUAUUUAAAUCGGUAUCUGCUAAAGGUACUUGCAGAGUAAUUUGUUUCCACCCAAAAUCAGAUAUGCAUUUAGGAACGAUGAGAAACGAAGAAAUUCUGGAUGUAAUUAACGAAUGGGUAAAGCAGACGGAAGAUUUGGGAAAAAAAUACGUGUGGGUGCAAAUAUUUGAAAAUAGAGGUGCGAUUAUGGGCUGUUCUAAUCCGCACCCGCACUGUCAAGUUUGGGCGUCGAAUUUCUUGCCGAACGAACCGAGAAUUAAAGAUAAAAAUUUAAAAGAAUAUUAUCAAAAAAAUGGUCGUCCUCUACUAAUAGAUUACGUCAAAAAAGAAUUAGAUAAACAAGAAAGAAUUGUUUACGAAAACGACGAAUUCGUUGUUCUUGUACCGUAUUGGGCUUUUUGGCCGUUCGAAACGAUGGUGUUACCUAAAAAACAAGUUUUAAGAAUCACAGAUUUAAACGAAACUCAAAAAAAUUGUUUAGCCGAUGUUUUAAAGGUACUCGUUUCGAAAUAUGAUAAUGUUUUUAAAUGUAGCUUUCCGUAUUCGAUGGGAUUUCACGGAGCACCUACUGGUGAUGAAUAUAAACGAAAUCAAGAUCAUUGGAGUUUCCAUGCUAUGUUUUAUCCACCUUUGCUUCGAUCAGCUACCGUUAAGAAAUUUAUGGUCGGAUAUGAAAUGUUUGCUCAGGUUCAAAGGGAUUUAACACCGGAGAAAGCUGCAAAAGUUUUAAGAGAUCAGAAUAAUAUUCAUUAUAAAAUGAAUUGAUAAUAAAGUUGUGUAAAAUAAAAUAAAGGAUUUUAUCAACUUGCUAA